GACAUCAGGAUUACAGUUCCACCACAGGCUGUAUCUUCCAUCACAUGACGGCAUACAUGUCCUGGCUGACACGUCCAAACACAGCCAAUUACUUCUACACCCAUAAGUAUGAAGAACGUUACUUCCUCGUUAUAACGAAUGUCAGCUCACCCUUUAAGAGACUCGCGGAGACAGAUGCAUGAGCCUGGGUCUCUUUGCAUUUGUACAGAUUGAUUUGGCCAGUGUGCCAUGACGCGUGAUUAAUGUUAAUUGUUUCAAAAUAAAAAGCAAAUUAAAAAUAAGUAACCUAUACAUGCGAAUAUAAAACAAUUUUUUUGAAGCAAUAACAAAACACACUUUACUAUUUACAAACGUGUGUAUACCAACCACUAUCAAGAGCAUCGGGAUCGUGAAUAAAGCUGGCCUAUACCAUCUAACAUUGAAAUCAUCCAACUGUUUAUUGAUUUAUUCACUUAAUAUAGUGAUGUGUGAAGGUAAUUUAAACAGUUUAUCGGGAAGUCACAGCCCACGGCUAGGAAUAGCUCACAAGCCAGGGUGGGCUGCCAUUCUCGUUCGUUUUAGGAGCGUGAGCCACAAUUUAUAACUUGCCGUGGACUUUGAUUUGUCAACAGUUGCCGAGCACAGUGCGGCAAACGCAAUCUGAAUCAGAACACGGAAAUUCAGAAAUAUUUAUGACAGAUCAGGCAAGUUGUCGUACCGAGCAAUAACGGUCGACAAGUUUAGGCGGCGAAAUGCACUCAUACCAACCAGCAGUUGAUCCAUGCUUUGGUUUCCAGUGAAAUCGUGUGUCCACCAACUGACCGAGGUCGGAGAACAUGAAGGGUCUGUGUCCAUUUCGAUGGUUUCUGACAUUGUUGUGUGGAUUUCUUUUGCACAUACGUCAUGGAUUUGCUGACACGUUUAAUUUUAAUGCAUUGACUAAAAUACCAAUACUGAUCGACGAGAGUGACUCGAAGAGUAUAGUUUUCAAUACAACAGUGGACAACAAGAGGCCUACUUCGGCGUUCUUGCAUUUCGUCACCGAGGACCCGAAGAUAGCCGCAGUGACCGGGAAUGACGUGUUACCCGUGGCGGAAAAUGUUACCAUUCAGAUACGAGGGAUAUUUCUAGGGCAAACAUAUGUCAAAGUUUCAUCUAACAGUUCCGACCUAGCCUCCGGCAAUGCUUCGUGUCUACGUAAGGGAGGUAACUCGUCUAACACUUGGUGUGAGGUGGAUGAAAAAUAUGAAAUUAUUGUCAGUCGUAAAGUGAGGCCUAUUGACACUGUGUUUAAUGUCGUCAUCAUUUGCCUUGUUGUUGUGGCAAAUAUUGCCAUGGGAUGUAAAGUUGAAAUUCCUGUUGUCAAGGAUACCAUGAAGAGACCUGUUGCACCAAUCACAGGACUAGCCUCCCAGUUCAUCUUGAUGCCAGUGAUAUCGUUCCUGUUUGCAUACUUCAUUGACUUUCAACCAUCACUACGUCUGGGGUUCUUUGCCCUUGGUUGCUCACCAGGUGGCUCUGCCAGCAACAUAUACUCGUACCUCACUGGAGGAGAUGUCUCUCUUAGUGUUACCAUGACAUUCAUCAGUACCGUGGCAUCUUUAGGUCUGAUUCCCCUCUGGCUGUUUACAUUGGGUACGCAUGUCCUGGCCAAAGGAACCAACCUGAAAAUUCCCUUCACAAACAUCUUUGUAUCGCUGUUGGGCCUGGUCAUCCCUAUUGGUAUUGGCCUCAUCAUCAAGCACAAGAGACCAGAAUGGGCCAAGAAACUGGUGAAGAUUAUUCGACCACUCACUGUGAUCUUUCUUGUGUUUGUUUUCACUGUGGGUUUGUAUGCCAACUGGUACAUCUUCCGUCUGCUGGAACCACUGGUUCUGUUUGUUGGCUGUCUGCUGCCAUAUUGUGGCUUCUUCUUUGGGGGGCUUGUGGCUUUCUUUGCUCGGCAAUCUAAGAAAAACGUCAUUACCAUUGCUAUCGAAACUGGAAUUCAAAAUACAGGAAUAGCCAUUGUUUUGCUGAGAUUUUCUCUGCCUGCCCCAGCUAAUGACAUCAGCAUUGUAGCUCCUAUAGCUGCUGCCAUCUUCACACCCAUCCCCUUAGUCAUUGCCAUUCUGUAUAUUGAAAUCCGGAAAAGAUGCCACAAGAAAUACCCAGUGGACACCAAGGCCAGUUGUGAUGACCAUGCUGAGAUGAUAGGUAAUUCACACAAUUCCUCCAAAGCCUCAUCUCGUGUUCCAGUGUAUGAAAUCACCAGCACCAAGGAUCAUGGAGAUGGCCUAGAGGGCUAGGUACGGAGACCAGGAUUGUAAGCUCCUAGCAACACAUGACUUCUUCAGAUAUUCCACACCUGUUUCCUUCCCUGGGCUAGCUCCGGCUACC